AUGCAAUUUUCUACUGUCGCUUCUAUCGCCGCUGUCGCCGCUGUCGCUUCUGCCGCUGCUAACGUUACCACUGCUACUGUCAGCCAAGAAUCUACCACUUUGGUCACCAUCACUUCUUGUGAAGACCACGUCUGUUCUGAAACUGUCUCCCCAGCUUUGGUUUCCACCGCUACCGUCACCGUCGAUGACGUUAUCACUCAAUACACCACCUGGUGCCCAUUGACCACUGAAGCCCCAAAGAACGGUACUUCUACUGCUGCUCCAGUUACCUCUACUGAAGCUCCAAAGAACACCACCUCUGCUGCUCCAACUCACUCUGUCACCUCUUACACUGGUGCUGCUGCUAAGGCUUUGCCAGCUGCUGGUGCUUUGUUGGCUGGUGCCGCUGCUUUGUUGUUGUAA